AUGUCUUAUCGUUAAUAAUAUUAAUAUUACAAUAAUCCUCAACAAACAAAUUAAAGCUAUUCCACUACUAGUUAAAGAUCAUAACAAUCAUUAUAACAGUAGCCUUUUAUACCAUAAUAACAAAACCCUUAUGUUUAAAACAAUUAGAAGAAUUAACUAAAUUUAAAUCAAAUGAUACCUAAAAGCACUUCAAACCCAUUUACUCAACAAGUCAAUAUCUAAUAAUCAUAAAAAGGCCCAUAAUUUCUAUUUUCAUAGGAACAAUCAAAUGUCAAUUAGCCUGUUGCUCAAAAAUUAUUAAAUAAAUAACAAUAUCAAUAAGACCCAAAAAUACUGUAGAAUUAGCAAAAUGGUAAGGAUAAUUUAAAGUAAGCAAAGAAUAAUAAGAUUUAAAAUGAUGAAGAAGAAUUAGAGUAUGAAGAUGUUGAUUAUGAAGAGAAUUAAUAAGAGGAAGAAGAUGAUCAAUAAAAAGAUGAUACUGAAUAAUAUGAUACCGAAGAGGAAAUAGAAAAUUAAAAAAAUAUUAAAUAAUAAGUAGAUGUUGAUAAAUACAAAUCGGUUACAGAAAUAGACUCUAUUAGAAAGGAAGUUAACAAAAUAAAUAAAGAGCUAGAUAAAUUAGAUCAGGAAUUAUAAGGAACUUUAAUUAUGAGUAGAAUCAACUUUGGUGAACAAACAGUUUUAGAUAUCUCUGCUUCUAGAGAUUUGUCAUAUUAAUAAUACUUAAAAGAAUUUGAAUAGUUUAAAUAAUAAAAAUAAGUUAAUCCAAGAUCAAUGAAUAAGUCAUGA